ACACAGUUGGUGGGCGGUUCGAAUCCCAGCUGUCAACAUCAUCUGAUGUGAUGACGUCACCACGCUAACGUUACCCAAAAUGGCGGAACAACACAGGCAAGGCCAAGGAGACGCAGAGGGUGAAGAGGAGGCAUACGAAGUUGUGGAUCUGACUGAGUAUGCACGAAAUCACCAAUGGUGGACCAGAGUUUUUGGAAGCAACUCUGGACCCAUUGCAGAGAAGCAUUCUGUGGCCACUCAGAUCGUGAUGGGAGGGGUCACUGGCUGGUGUGCCGGAUACCUUUGUCAGAGGGUGGGCAAGAUUGCUGCUACUGCGGUAGGAGGAGGGUUUCUGUUACUACAGAUUGCUAAUCACACCGGAUACGUGCAAGUGGACUGGAAGAAAGUGGAAAAGGACGUCAACAAAGCCAAGAGGCGGCUGAAGAAGAAGGCCAACCAAGCAGCCCCUGAGAUAAACACUUUCAUUGAGGAGGCUACAGAGUUUGUGAAGAGGAACAUUGUCCUAUCCAGUGGAUUUGUUGGAGGAUUCUUAUUGGGUCUUGCAUCAUGAGCCAGACCUGUACAAGCUUCUGGACUGAGCCUACAUUAAUGCUGUAAGGAGUUUUCUGUGAAAGUUUGGAAGCUCUGCUGUCUGUUUUGACCUAAUGCCUAAUGAGCAGCCUGUGGUGUGAACACCAUCAGUUUGAUGGCUAAUUAUAUUUGCUUCUGGGUCAACAAAGUUUUUGCAACUCAUGAAAUAGUUACCAGUAACACAGUUCUGCCUUUAAUACUGACAAUUGUAACUGUACUCAUUUGUCAUACAUUUUAGAAAGUAAGAAAACUGUCUAAAGGUGUUGAGGGAUAAUCUGUAAAGUUGCUUACAUAGUAUUUUUUAUUUAAUAGUGAAACACUGAUGUACAUUAUUUCUGCAUGAAGUAUAUAUGUUCUCCUUUAUAGCUGUAUUGUUUUGUCAAAUUAGAUGUUGGUCUUGCUCUUCUAAUAUUCCUGUACUGUAUAGUGAGAAUUUUUAUGGGUACUUGAUUAAUAUAUAAUAAAUACAGUUUGUGAAUAUA